AUGUUUAAAAAAUUCUCCAACGAUGAGGUAGCAGGGCAGAAUCAGCUCAAAGCAUCUGUUCAGCGCAAAAUUCGGCAAUCCAUAGCCGAGGAGGUCUCAACAGCACACUCCCCAUGCGCCCCUCUUGCGCCUCCCCAUGUGAUUCUUUCCCACUUUUCCCUCUCAAUCCGCCCUUUCAUCCCUCCCCCUUUUCAGUACCCGAUACCCAUCUCUGGACUCAGUAUUGGAGGACCUCUUACCAAAAAAGGGCCGUUGAGGCGCCUCAGCGGGUCUCAACAGCACACUCCCCAUGCGCUGCGCUGCGCCCCUCUCGCACCUCCCCAUGUGAUUCUCUCCCACUUUGUCCUCUCAAUCCGCCCCUUUCCAUCCCUCCCCCCUCGCAGUACCCUUCUCUGGACUCACCCCAACCACGUGAGCAUAGUGGUGAUCAAUACUGUUCCGCUUUUCUUCAAUGCGAGGACGGCCCCCUACAUGCUCACCCCAACUGUUUCGCCCUCGCCCACCCAACCCCCGCCCUCCCCCUCCAUUUGUACCUGCAGCCCCAACCACGUGAGUAUCGUGGUCAUGAAUAAUGUUCCCCUCUUCUUCAAUGUGAGGGACGGUCCCUUCAUGCCCACGCUUCGCCUGCUGCAUCAAUUGCAGGUGGAUAGGGGUGCGAUCAAGCCAGCGAACCCCCAUCUUCCCCUUUUCGCCAACACCCCUCCCUUGCUCCCCCCAUUUCCCCUUCCCCCAGACCCGGAUAUGAUGCGAAAGAUGCAGGUGGAUAGGGGCGCGAUCAAGUUUGUGAUGUCAGGAGCUAACAUCAUGUGCCCGGGACUCACCUCCCCUGGUGGGAAGAUGGACGACGGCAUUCCUACUGACUCCCCCGUGGCCAUAUUCGCUGAGGGCAAGGAGAACGCUCUCGCGAUUGGAUACACCAAGAUGUCGUCAGAUGACAUUCGCAAGAUCAACAAGGGCAUAGGCGUCGACUUGAUGCACUACCUCAACGACGGGCUCUGGAAGAUGAAAACCAUUGACUGA